AUGUCUGGCAGCAAUACCAGAGAUGCCUUCAUAGUGGCUUCAGGAGGCGCGGCAACUCACACACACCCAAACCCAGCAUUAGCCAGGGCACAUGCUUCCGAGACCACACCUUUGUUGGCAGCAUCGUCAGAAAAUCCAAUUACCCAAACAGACUCGGAAACACUGGACAUCAACAAGAUAGUCGGCACAACCACCGUCGAAGAAGGAGGGGAAACCGGAAAUGAAGAUGAAGACAAGCCUUUGCCUAUGGGACAGAUCAUGCUCCUUUGUUAUGCUAGACUUGUUGAACCGAUCGCCUUCUUUUCCAUCUUUCCUUUCAUCAAUCAGAUGAUUCAGGAAGUUGGAAGUGUUGCAGAAGAGGAUGUUGGAUUUUAUAGUGGUUUGAUUAAAGCGACGAGACGACUGACGCAACUCGGCAAUGCUAACAAGUGUCUCCUAGNNGAAUCACUUUUCUCCCUCACGCAAAUGAUCUUUAUGAUCUCAUGGGGUCGCGCCUCAGACCGAUAUGGCCGCAAGCCCGUUCUAGUGUAUUCUGUCAUUGGUGUUUCCAUCAUGACCUGCUUGUUUGGAUUCAGCAAGUCUGUGUGGCAGAUGAUCCUGUUCCGGUGUCUUGCUGGUGUGUUCUCUGGGACUAUUGUUACUGUCAGAACCAUGCUGUCGGAGAACUCGACUUUCAAGACUCAAGCAAGGGCGUUCAGCCUGUUCGCCUUUGCUGGCAACGUGGGCAUCUUUCUGGGACCUGUCAUAGGUAUGUAUCGAACUGCUCACUCCGACUUUAAGAUCUCACUAACGCUCGACUCAANNGGUGGUGCUUUGUCCACUCCUGCAACGCAGUACCCUAGUGUUUUCGGAGGCAUCUGGUUCUUCGAACAAUAUCCGUAUGCACUACCAAAUAUAGUAGCUAGCUUGUUUGGUUUCAGCGCGGCUGUCAUUUCAGCAAUAUAUCUCAACGAGACCCUGGAGUCCGCGAAGGACAACAGUGGUAAGCCCGCAGAACCACCCAUGUCGACCUGGCAAUUGUUGCAACAGCCAGGCGUCGCAUUUACCCUUNUCCUCUGGUGCUUUGUCUCACUUCAAGGUCUUGCCAACACUGCUGUCCUUCCCGUCUUCUGGUACACCAGCAUCCCUCUCGGUGGUUUUGGCUUUUCACCCAUCCAGAUUUCACUUUUCCUAGGCCUUGCUGGAAUCUCGCAAGCAAUCUGGCUGCUCUUCGUCUUCCCACCAAUGCAACGUCGCUGGGGAACAGGCGGCGUUUUGCGAUACAGUGGCUGGAUCUUCCCUAUCGGCUACAUCGGCAACCCCUGUCUUCAAUUUGCACUCAGAAAAGGCGUCACAACCCCUUUCUGGAUCCUCUUGCCUAUCUUCAUGGUAAUUGGUAGCAGUGCGAGCAUGGCGUUCACCUGUGUCCAGUUGUGUGUCAACAACAUUUCUCCAUCGCCUGCCGUGUUGGGAACCAUGAAUGCACUAGCUCUGAGUCUGGUGGCAGGUAUUCGUGCCGUAGCACCAGGCUUGUUUGCUAGUCUGUUUGCCACAGGCGUCAAGGGACAGAUUCUGGAUGGAUAUUUGGUUUGGUUGGUCAUGAUCAUUAUGUCCUUUUUCUUGUUUGUGACGAUUAGAUUCUUGCCUGAGAAGGCUGAAGGAAGGAUCCCGAAGGAUCAAGAUGAAGGGGAUGCUUAA